AUGGCGACGCCCUUUUACCCACAUGGCGGUGCCCACCAAGGCGACACCCCAGGUGAUAUCAGUAGUGAUCUUGAGGCUGGGAGAAGAAGCGAUGACGUCGUAGCUGAGGACGAAGGCGAUGGCGACGUCGUUCUUGGAGGAUUGGGCGGCGCUAGUAAGCUGGGCGAUGCUAGUCUGAUGCAUGGCAAGCGAUGGCUAGGUGGGCUCGAGGCAAAUGGCUCCAGCAGGCUAGCAAUGCUUAUCAGCGGGAAGCUAGAGCUAAUAGGGAUGGCGCCCGUAGCACUAGCGCGCGCUAUGGGAGUUGGUGCCCAUGGUGCAGGCGACGAUGUAGGAGGCAGCCUUCGUUCUAAUCUGGACAAGGGCAAAAUGACAACAGGCAGCACUAGUUGCACGCUUAUUGAGCCAGACGAUAUGUCUGGGGCAAGAGCAGGAAGACCUGGCUUUGGUACUGAAGCGGCGUCUACUAGAGUGGUCGGUAAUGCAGCUAACGGACCAAACUAUGGAGGGAAACAAGGUACCGUCUUUUGA